CCUCAACCCUCCCCCUCCCACUCCCACCCACACCCCCGUUUAUCACAAACGUCACCAACCCCCCACCCACAACUUACUCAAAUAUGGCUUCUGGAUCUGGUUCCCAAAUCGCUUGGCUCGCGUCGCUCUCGACCAGCUUUGACGACUUCAAGCCCGAGCAGAAGUUCCUCCGCAAGACCUCGAUCAUUGCUACCAUUGGCCCCAAGACCAACAAUGUCGAGACUCUUAUCCAGCUUGCUGACGCUGGCAUGAACAUUGUUCGCAUGAACUUCUCGCACGGCUCCUACGAGUACCACCAGUCGGUCAUUGACAAUGCCCGUGCCGCCGCCAAGCGCAGCCCCACCGGCCGCCCACUCGCUAUCGCCCUUGACACCAAGGGCCCCGAGAUCCGCACUGGUAUUAUGGCCAACGACGCCGACGUUCCCAUCCCCGCUGGCCACGAGUUCUGGGUCACGACCGACAAGGCCUUCGCCGAGUCGGGCAACGCCGACCAGAUCUACAUGGACUACGCCAACAUUGUCAAGGUCACCUCGCCUGGCAAGCUCAUCUACGUCGACGACGGUAUCCUGUCGCUCGAGGUCAUCGCCGUUGAGGGCGACAAGCUCCGCGUCAAGUCGCUCAACGCCGGCAACCUCUCGUCGCGCAAGGGUGUCAACCUCCCCAAGACCGAGGUCGACCUCCCUGCCCUCUCGGAGAAGGACAAGGCUGACCUGGCCUUCGGUGUCCGCAACAACGUCGACAUGAUCUUUGCCUCUUUCAUCCGCACGGCCGAUGACGUCAAGGAGAUCCGCAAGGUCCUCGGCACUGAGGGUGCUGGUAUCAAGAUCAUUGUCAAGAUUGAGAACGAGCAGGGUGUCCAGAACUUCGACGAGAUCCUCAAGGAGACUGACGGUGUCAUGGUUGCCCGUGGUGACCUCGGUAUCGAGAUCCCCGCCUCGCAGGUCUUCCUUGCCCAGAAGAUGAUGAUUGCCAAGUGCAACGUUGCUGGCAAGCCCGUCAUCUGUGCUACCCAGAUGCUCGAGUCGAUGACUUACAACCCCCGCCCCACCCGUGCCGAGGUCUCGGACGUCGCCAACGCCGUCCUCGACGGUGCCGACUGUGUCAUGCUUUCGGGUGAGACUGCCAAGGGCAAGUACCCUUACGAGGCUGUCUCCAUGAUGGCUGAGACUGCUUUCCUCGCCGAGUCGGCCAUUGCCUACGGCCCUCUCUUCGACCAGCUCCGCCAGCUUGCUCCCCGCCCCACCGAGACCGCUGAGACCCUCGCUCUUGCUGCCGUUGCCGCCGCCAUCGAGCAGGACGCCGGUGCGAUCAUUGUCCUUUCGACCUCGGGUGUCUCUGCUCGCCUCAUCUCCAAGUACCGCCCCUCGUGCCCCAUCAUCUGUGUCACCCGCAAGGAGCAGACCGCUCGCCAGCUCCACCUCUCGCGCGGUGUCUACCCUGUCCACUACCCCGAGCCCCGCGGCGUUCCCAUGGAGAAGUGGCAGAUCGACGUUGACAACCGUAUCCGCUUCGGUCUCAAGGUUGCUCUCCAGCUUAACAUUGUCAAGCCCGAGGCUACCGUCAUGGCUGUCCAGGGCUGGAAGGGUGGUCUUGGCCACACCAACACUCUCCGCAUUCUCUCGGUUCCCUCGGACCCUUCCGACCUGGAGAUUGCUUACAUUGACCGCGACUAAAUUGCUCCCAAGUCGAUGGGGGCGCGAUAGAACAAGCCUUGGGGCGUGGGUGUAUCUCAAGGUUGCGCCAUCCGAGGGUUAUGAAAGUGCCAUAGAUUGCUCUGUAGAGCCAACUGUGUGCAGCAUAGAUUUAUUCAUUGAAACGUCUGGCAAUGAGACAUGAUGCUGGUG